AUGGUCUCCAAGCGGCACAAGUCACAUCCAGAUCUGCCUGUCCCGGUCCCCAACUUCCCACUGUCGUCGCCAAUCAGCGAGGAAAUCUCGAGCCCGUCCUGCUCAUCCGAGGACCGAGAUCUAGAAAGGAACAGGCCCUUUGACUUCUUGGUUAAAGCUACAAAACAGAAAGAGUCCAAGUCUGGGAAAGGCGCGAGUCGCUCACCUAACCUCUCGCGUCGAGACCGACAUGCUGGAGAUAAUACUCGCAUCCCGAGCAUCCGGGGCAUCACAAAGAAAAAGAAGAAUGCCGCAAAGCCCUUGGGACUCAAUCUAAUCACGGACUUCUCACUGACUAGUCCCAAGAAACGGCCCCAGGAUACUGCCGCCCCCUUCGUGGACUUGAAUGACCUGAAGCAGUUGUCCAAGGUGCGGGAAAAGGAGCGAUCUGCCCAGAGAGCCAAGGAUGUUGUCAAGAAGAGGACCUCGCGGGGGUUUCAGCGGCUGCCUGAUGAGAAUGGGCAGUCAAGUAACGAUGCUGUGUCCCUGGAUCCCAAGUCACAAAACCCGUUCAGCGACAAUGCUGGUCAUGAACUCUCGCCCUCGGACCGCCAUGUCAUGAUCGGACUGAGUGUGCCGCGCAGCGAGUCCCUAGACAGAUCUCGAGACCUCGACAGUACAGGCGAUUUGAAUGCGCCGCCCACUCCGUCCAUUAUUAUCACCCCAGCCUGUGAGGAUACGCCCUGGUCGACGUCGAGUCCCGAGGCCCAGCGUCCUAGGGCUACAUCCAGCAUUUACUCUCAACCCACCCCACGGCUAUGGCAGAACGAGUCUGAUAUCCCGCCUGUACCUGCCAUCCCAGCGGUACACUCGGGGACAAGAACUAACACUACUGAUACCGAUCUCCUCAAGUCUCAGAAUUCCUCUGCAGCCAAGAAGCAACGUCCAGUCUCUACCAGCACCGAGUUCGAGGAAGAUAGCCCGCAGCGACAGACACCUUCAGACGAAAAUGGCCGGACUCCGCUCAGUCCACUGAGCGUCAACACCGAGACCAACAGACCCCAAUCACAAGGAUGGUGGACGUACCUCCUCUCGCCGCUCCUCAAACACUCCAGCCCACUCACAAGCAAAAAGUCACCCACCAGCCCCGGGUUCCCUCCAACCUCAUCUCCCAUAACACCAGCCACGCAAGCACCAACCAAGGAAUGGUGGCAGAAAGAGAAAGAAGUGUCCUGCUUCUCACCCGACACCCCCGAAACCGUCGCCCCGACUCGCUGGCCCGAUGACAACACAAAUGUCGAGCAGUCGCGGUCCCUGGGUAUCACCAAUGACGAGCCCAUGCCCGCUGCAACGACUGCAACGAACCGCCAGACCACCAUGUCGUUCAUGUUUCCCGGUCGUCCGAUCCAGGGCCACGCGGCCGAGUACUACCAGGCGUGUGCGCAUGAGCUUUUCAGCAGGACACCUUAUUUCGAGUGUUUCAACCACAUCUGCUCUCUCACUCCGGCCAAUACCACUGUCAUCAAUGAGACUUGUGCCGCGGCUGGCGUGCCUAGUGAUCGGGGCUUGGCUCUUGUCGAGGUUGAUCCCCCCUCCACUACUCAAAUUUAUAAGAGCCAGGCCGGGCUUACUGGGACUGGAAAUCUGGGCACAGAGGCACACGGGUUGCUAAUUGAUGUUGACUCACCUGUGCAUGGGACCACGCGUGGUACUGCUGCUACCGCUACUAGAGAUGCCCCGUCACCCGUCUCUGAUACCGAUUCCGAAUGGUGGGCGUCGCCUGUGCUUGAUCAGAAGGAGAAGGCGUCCGAAAUGUCUGAGAAACCGAAACCUACUGAGAAAAGCUUGCCUGAGUUGCCGCUGUCUGCGAAGGAGCCUGUUUCGCAACCUCCUUCUCAAGAACCAGCUCCUGCGCCAUCUACGGAAACGUCUGAGAAACAACCGCCAGCUCCUGUUCCUGUCCCUGCUCCUGCUCCAUCUCCUCCCGCUCCCCAUGCUUCCUCUGCUCCUCCUGCCGCUCCCAUUCCUGUUGCGCCUCCAGCGCACCUUGUUCCUCCUGCUCCUGCUCCUGCUCCUCCAGAACCUCCUGCUCAGCCUGCCCAGCCGGCUCAACCUGCUCCUCCACAAAUCAUUUACAACAUUGCACCACCAGCAAACAACUUCCCCUAUCCCGUACCACCUGCGCCAGUUCCGCAGACGGCUGUUACAGCGGAGAGAGCCGUGUCGCAAUACGUCGCCAUCUUCCCUCCUCACCAAGGCACACAGCAAGCCGUGCCAGCUCCGGUAGCACCACAGCCAGAUCCACCUGCCAAACUCCAAGACUCUGCUCAAGGAUCGGAAUCGCCCAAAGCGCUACCAAUACCGCAGCAGCCAGCAGCACACCCACAAGGCCCAGGAUGGCGACAACUGCAACAGGCACCUCCGCCCGCGACUGAGCCAAUAUCUCCCGGUUUCCAGCACGCAGCAGGAGGAGAAGGAUCAAUGCCGCUGUCAGAAAUGCAUGCCCCGGCGCCUGCAUACACGCAAUUUCCCCGAGAUGCUCCCCUCCCGCCGCGAUAUGAUCUUCAUUCCGCGCCACGGGCCGCGGUGAUGAAUCCCACAGGCCAAAGAGGACCGGUGGAGGCCCGACGCCAGCGACUAGAAAGAGAAGAUGCCGUUGGUCGGAAAAUCGGCGGUCUGUGGCGCGGACGGGGUCCUGUCAGCAAGAAGGGAUGCUUUGGGCGUCCAGGACGAGAGGGCCGGCUGCGACGAAGAUGGUAUUUUGCCAUUGCGAGCUUCUUUCUCAUUAUCGUAAUUCUGGCCAUUGUGCUGGCAAUUACGUUAACCAAGAAGGGAGCUGCCAUGCCUGUUGAAUCGAGAUGGCUCAAUUUGACGGGCUACCCGCCUAUGCCAACGGGCGUUUCAACCAUUGCUGGGACUGAUACGCGGGUUUACAAGUCGAGCUGCAUUAAGCCCUCGUCUCUGUGGAGCUGUGCACUCCCUCCGGACGAACACGCCCACAACAAGCCCUACAAUGCCGAUGAGCCUAGUUUCCGGGUUGAGAUCCGGUUCCGCAACGGGACCUAUGACCAUAGCACCGAGACUGGAAGCCCGAAGUCUGCACGACAGUUGCACGCCAGAGAUGAAAGUAGCGUAUUCAAGGCAUCGCCCUCGCCUCCCAGCGUGGCAGAUCAAAAGUUCCUCGGCAACACGACAGACAGCAAUGCCGAGCCCUACGCCGGCGAAGAGACGCCCUUCUACAUGACCAUUCUCUCGCCCGUGCCUCUCUCCUCGACAAAGGUCUUCCGCCGCUCCAAAGACAACACCUUCCCCAAUUUGACCGCCAUCAUCCCCGCCCCAAGCGAGAACUCCGACGGCACAGCCGCCGCAGCAACUCUCUACCCACUCCCCGAAUCGCAGCCCGUCCGGCUGUUCGACCGAGGGAAGUCGACUGAGCACUACGGGUUCUACACGUACUUUGACAAAUCCAUAUUCCUGGAAUCUCUCGCAGCCCUAAACGGCAGUUCGGGUGACAAUAGCCCCAGCGACGCCGACGGUGGUUCCAGCAAGAAAGACGCCCGCACACGCUGCACCUGGUCGCAGACGCGGUUUCUCGUCCAGAUCUGGACGCAGCCUGUACAGCUUGGUCGGGAGUUGGUAUCUGCUAGCUACGGUAACAGCAGCAGCAGCAGCAGCAGCACAGUUUCUGCAACCUCGACCUCAGCCUCUGGAUCGAAAUCCUCUUCGUCGGCUACGAACUUUACGCGGCCCGGUUCGUUCCCUUACCCGAUUACCAUCACGCUGGACCGACAUGGCGGGUCCCAGAAAAAGAAGCUGGUGUAUUGCUAUGGAGUCGAGGAGGACGGUCAUUUCAAUAUCACGAAUAAAAAGCUGCAGAUCGAGGAGCGGGGCAUCGGCGGGACACUGGUAAAUCCUGCUUCGGGGAUAUUCGAUAACCUUGGUGAUGACUCGUCAUCCUCGUCUUCGUCUAAUGGUUCGACAUGGGGUGGAACUGAUGGUGGGACUGGGGGUUGUGAGUGCCAAUGGACGAACUGGGUAUCCAAAGAUUAG